AAAUGCAUUUGUUUUCAACAUGCAAUUAUAAUUCUAGUAUAAAAUUGGUUAAGAAAUAGAAUAAAGUGUUUUAUACAUAUUGAUGCCUGUUGACAGCAGGGUAGACGUAGGUAAUGCAAAUUUGCCCAUGCACAUUCCAUUAAGGAACAGAGGUGGAUGAAUGUGCAUAUUUUUAAAUCUCUGAUAAGCGUACUAAGUCAAAUUGAAACAACACCACUUAGACAAAAUUGCCAGAAAAUCGUUAUUACGUUUAGUCUAUUUAAGUUUAAAAAACUAAUUGUUACGAAGCUAUUUAAAAAAGCGUGCUGCGGCAUUUUCUAAGAACAGUUCUUUACGAAAUUGAAAUUGAAAAGAGUUACCAAAAUGCAACAAAAAGUCUUCCUAAAUCUACUGAUUGUCCUUCUCAUACAAAAGGUUUCUUGCAGCCUAUUUAGAAUUAAAAAAGUUGAGUGCAAAACCUUUGAUCCUGAAGUUGUGACAAUCGAUUUGUGUGACUUGGGAGCCGACAUUAAACAUCCAGCACUGUCCGUAUCAUUACAUUUGGUUAAGACGCCCAUUACCAAGGCUAAUUUUCGAAUAAUUGUUGGACUAGUAACGGAUAAAGUUCCCGUGAUUGUUCUUAAUAAUAGCUGGGAUGCUUGUGCUUUCAUGAAAAAACGAAAGUCGAAUCGAGUUCUUGGCCGCCUCUAUCAAACCAUUGCCCCGUACACCAAUAUCAACCACACCUGUCCCUACGAUGUUUCUUGCGGCCAAUUUAGGAUUAAAAAACUUGAGUGCAAAACCUUUGAUCCUGAAGUUAUGACAAUCGAUUUGUGUGACUUGGGAGCCGAAAGAAAACCUCCAGCACUGUCUAUAGCAUUACAUAUGGUUAAGGCACCCAUUACCAAGGUUAAUAUUCGAAUUAUUGUUGGACUGGUAACGGAUAAAGUUCCCGUGAUUGUUCUUAAUAAUAGCUGGGAUGGUUGUGCUUUCAUGAAAAAACGAAAAACGAAUCGAGUUUUUGGCCGCCUCUAUCAAUACGUCGCCCCGUACACCAACAUGAACCACACCUGUCCCUAUAAUAUUUGUUGUACAUUUAUGUUAAAAUCAAUUGAAUGUCAAACCUUUGACCAAGAUUUUGUGAAAUUCGAUUUGUGUGAGCUGGGCCCAAAUUCCCAAAAUAUUUCCGCAAUAUCUGUUGUAAUUCGACUUUUCAAAUUACCCCUGAAAUCGUUUAAUCUACGAAUAACAAUGAGUGUCAUAGGAUCCAAGACCCCCAUGAAAAUUCUUAAUAAUACCUGGAAUGCUUGUAAUUUUCUAAAAAAUCGAAAAAGUAAUAAUUUACUAGGCCGGCUAUAUCAAUACAUAGCACCGUUUACCAAUUUAAAUCACAGUUGUCCCAUUAAUCAUGACAUUCAUAUAAAAAAUCUUACUUUAAUACGAGGACAAUCAUUUUUAGCUGUAUUCACUGGUGAAUACCUGAUAACGCUUGAGGCUACAGUGAAGGGAAAGAAAAGAAUCAAAAUUCAAAUCAUCUCUGGUUAUUAACCUCAAAUAAAUAAAAUGGCUAUAUUCUCAUUUGUGUAGCAAAUAAAAUGGCUAUAUUCUCA